GUGACAGUUUGUUGGUUUAAUUUUAAUUUUUAAUAAAUAAAAUUGAAAUCAUCACAUCAUCAUUCACAAAUUAACAGAUAAGAUGGAAAUGUAUAUAAACCAAAAUUAAACACAAAUAAAAUAAAAGAAACCAAGAGAUCAGGGAUCAAUGAGUGAGGAGAUUUGUAGAGCAGAAAUAUAAUAUAAUAAGAUGGAGGAUUCAUUAUUGAACAACUGUAAAAUUGAAAUUCAGGAAGAAUGUAAGAAAGAAAAUACACAUGAUGCAUUCCUUUAUUCAGACUUAGAGCAAUCUCCCAUAAAGAUUGAACAAGUGUAUAUAAAACCAGAGAUCAGUGAGGAGACUUGUAGAGAGAAAAUAUAUUAUGAGGAGAUGGAUGAUCCAUUAUUAGACAGCUGUAAAAUUAAAAUUCAGGAAGAUAAGAAAGAAAAUACAGAUGAUGCAUUCGUUUAUUCAGACAUUGAGCAGUUCCCCAUAAAGAUUGAAGUAAAACAAGAUGAAAGUAAGCUUACACCAGUUAAAGAAAUAGGAACAAAUGAAACAGGCUUUCUGCAAGAAGAGGACACAUUGAAAGUUAUGAAAACAUGUAAUGUACAUUCAUACAAUAAGAAACAACAAAUGAGUAGAUCUGUUGAAGAAAAAACAUUAAAAUGUGUAAUUUGUUCCAAGCAAUUUACUCGAGAUGACAAUUUGAAAAAGCAUUUGAGGAUACAUAAUGGGGAAAAGCCUUACAAGUGUCAAGUUUGUUUGAGGCAGUUCAGUCAAUCAUCUUAUCUGAAAAGUCAUAUGAGAGUGCACACUGGGGAAACGCCUUACAACUGUGAAAUUUGUUCUAAGCAAUUCAGUCACGAUCACAGUUUGAAAAUACAUUUAAGGAUGCACACUGGGGAAAAACCUUAUAAGUGUGAAGUUUGUUUUAAGCAGUUUAUUCAAAAAAGUGCUUUAAAUACACAUAUGAAAAUUCAUACUGGCGAAAAACUUUAUAAGUGUGAAAUUUGUUUUAAGCAGUUUUCUGUAAAAAGUCAUGUGAAAAGACAUUUGAAAGUACACACUGGAGAAACGCCUUACAAGUGUAAAAUUUGUUUUAAGCAAUUUAAUCUAUCCGGUAAUUUGAAAACACAUUUAAGAUUGCACACUGGAGAAAAGCCAUAUAAGUGUGAAAUUUGUUUAAAGCAGUUUUCACAGAAAAUUCAUUUGAAAACACAUUUGAAAUUUCACACUGGAGAAAAUCCAGAGUAAAAAAAAGUGAUUUUGAAAAGUGCACAUGGAAAUUUACAAGGUGACAAAAUUUUCAUGGUGCGAUUUUUAUUUUAAGCAGUUUAGUGAGGACUAUCAUUUGAAAGAACAUACUGGAGCAAAACCUUAAUACUACGAGUAUGCAAUUUGUUGCAAGCAUUUGUUAAUUAUAUUUCGCUCUUUGAGUUUAAAAUUAUUGUUAAAAUACAUAAUACCAAGUUUAAUCAAAUGAAUGUAAAACAAGAAUUUAACAAGUUAAACUUUAUUUUGACUAAAAAUUAAUAAUUGAAAAUAGUUUCUAUCCUUGUGGGAUCGGUACUCACCGGAGGGACCGCAGACGUUCGGAUACAAUUAGCGUCUCUUUGCAAAGACAAUAACGUCGACUUUGCUAAGUAACUAGACAUUAUAGAGAUCACAAAGUCAAACGUUAAUAGCGUGUCAAGACGAAAAUAAGGGAAAACGGUCUAUUUCAACACAGGCAUCAAGAGAGUUAUCGCAAAUGUCGUGGGGGUGGGUCUUAACGUUAUUAUGACAACCGACUUUUGGAAUUAAAAUGUAACCUAGAAAUUUAUGUUGAGGAAUACUGUAAUUGUUUUUUAUUGAAAAAUGAAUUUGGAUAUUGAGCAGGUUGACAUCCAUUUUAAUUUUAAUGAUCUAACCAACAAUAAAUAUAAAUAAUCGGUAUAAAAAUAAUAUAAAAUAUAUGAAUAACUAAUAUCCUAACCACAAAAAGUAGUAUAUUGUAGACAAACUAAGAACGCAACGCGUUUCUCAACACAGUAAACAAGAUGAUUCACAGUUUUUACUAUUCGCCCCGUGCGUCUCCCCUCUAUUUACAGUCACGUGACACGCUGUCAGAUUUUGUAAGGACGUUUUAACAUUGAGUCUUAUGGGAUUAUGUUGUUAAACUUGAAUAUUUUAUUUUGUAGUGAUCAUAACCGAAUAAAAUUGUUAGAAUUCAUUAGUUAUUAAUUUAUAGUGUAAUUUAUAGUGCAACAAAAUAUUUUCCUUUUUGGUUAAUAAAGAUUUAUUGACAUAAACUGCGAUAGUGAGGUUAUGUAUACAUAAUCAAACUGUUGGAAAGUGAAGAAUUUAUAUCAGAUUAAGAGCGUUUUUAUUUUCUGUUUAUAUUAAUACAUCAUAUCACUAGCGUGACACGGUAUUUUUUUAAAUGUUCCAUUUAAUCAUACAGAAAGCGUCCUUACAAAAUUUCAAAAAACCGCCACCAUGAGCAGGUCGGUCGAUUUUGCCUUGACACUUUGUUAACGCUCAGAGCCAAUAUAAAAUAUUUAAUAUAUAAAAUGUGUAUUCUAUUAUAUUAUUUUUGUUUCAUCCAACACCAGAUGAAUGGAAAACAGCAUAUAUGACUCCAGUAUAUAAAAAAGGUGACAGGAGAAAUUGUAAAAACUAUAGAUGGAUAUCGGUCACAAGUUCAAUGAGUCGGUUAUAUGGUCGAAUACUACGGGACCUGAUAGAGGAAGAUUAUCAAUCGUCCGAAGACGAAGAACAAGGAGGAUUUAGAGCAGGUCGUUCAUGUACAGAUAACAUCUUUUGUCUUAAACAAAUUAUAGAAAAGAAAGUUGUGACAAAUAGAGAGUUACACGUUAUGACUUUUGUAGAUCUUGAGAAGGCAUAUGGGAACUAUGGGAAGUCCUGGGCACAUCAAACAUACAUCAAACAUUGGUUAGUGCUCUCAAAGAUCUAUGUUACGGUUCAAACUCCCAAAUGAAAUUCGGAAACCUCUUAGCUGAAAAAUUUGCAGUUACUAAGGGUCUACAAUAAUGAAGACACAAAGAGCCAUGGAGAGAGCAAUGUUAGGAGUAAAAUUGACAGACAAAAAGCAAAACAACUGGGUCAGAAAUAGAACAAAAGUUAAAGACGCAGGCCAACAUAUAGCCAGGCUAAAAUGGAGCUUCGCAGGUCAUAACGCUAGACAAACGUACAAUAGGUGGAAUAGCACGAUACAACAAUGGAGACCAUGGACAGGAAAGAGAGCAAGAGGACGACCCCAGAUGAGAUGGGGAGACGACAUUAAAAAGAUAGGAGGAACGCACUGGAAACAGAAAGCACUAAACAGAAGCGAACGGAGGAAACUGGGGAAGCUUAUGUUCAAAAUUGGACGAAUUAAAGGGCAAAAUAAGAAGAAGAAGGGUCUCAGACAGGGAUGUUGUAUCUCUCCGACUCUGUUUAAGAUUUAUAUCUCUGCAGCUCUGAAACAAUGAAAAAGGAAAGUCAACGGAAUGGGUAUACAAUUGAACGAUCAGGAUUGCAUAUAUACUUUACAGUUUGCAGAUGAUCAGGUGGUGAUCUCAAAUGACAAAGACGACAUGGAAUAUAUGCUUAGAAAACUAAUUGAAUAAUACCAGAAAUGGAUUAAAUAUCAAUUUAGAAAAGACAAAAUACCUCUUAAUUGGCGCUGAAGCAGAACAACUCGAUAUCGAAGACAAUCAAAAAAUAAAUCCAUGUGACGAAUAUAAAUACCUGGGCGUCAUCUUCGACCGUAUUGGAAAAGACAAACGAGAAAUAGAACAUCAAAUCAUACAAGCACGAAGAGCUAUAGCAUGUCUAAACGGAGUUCUAUGGAGUAAAGAAAUAUCAAAGAAAAGAAAAUGGAACAUAUAUUAGACAAUGGUUAAAACUAGCCUACUUUAUGGAGCCGAGACAUGUAGAAUAACCGAGAAAUAUAAGAAAAAGGUCGAAGCCACGGAAAUGGAUGCCAUCAGAAGAUCGAUGAGAAUAUCAAGAGCCGAAAGAAUAAGGAAUGAAGUAAUAAAACAACAAAUGGGUGUAGAGGGCACUAUAGUUGAGGAUAUUGAGAGAAAACAGCUCAUAUGGUAUGGGCAUGUGGCCGAAUGGGGGACGAAAAAUUGCCUAACAAACUAUGAUGUGGCAACCCCAGAGAAGAAAAAAACGAGGAAGACCACCACAGAGCUGGAAUCUGGGAGUUAGGAAAGCGAUUAGCGCUCGAAAUCUGAAUGAAGACCUAACUCAGUGACAGAAUACAGUGACGUUUGGGAGUCGGACAACGUAUGUUUCAUCCCAACGUUAUUACCGUCCCUUAUUUCAACCUAAAUUAAUAAUAAGCGGGACACGUUAUCCGGUAUGCAUAUUUACGGAUGCUAGCGUGUGUAGACACCAGGGUGUUGAAAUCAGUUAGGGUUUGGAAAAACAGUACAUUUACAAAUGCUAGCUUGUGUUGACACCAGGGUGUUGAAAUCAGUUUUUUGUCAAAAUUUUAUAAAUGUCAUUAGUGUCAAAAUUUGAUAUCAGGGAGUAAACUUGCCUGAGGUUGGCCCAAUUACAAACAAGCUUUACGGCGCGCGGAAAUUUGAAUUACUCCUCUUGGUUUAAAAAUAGACUUAUUAAGUAAACUUUAUAGCCCGUGAGGUAGUGUCAAAUUUGACCGGAGCAUUUUAGCAUGGCUGUUGGUCUUAUUUAGUUAGGCGUUCCAAAGCUUAUUAACAAAUGAUGUGUCAGCUGGCCCAAAACCGGUGCAUAAAAUAAAAAAAAACAAGAAAAUUAAUAAUAAAAAUAAUGACAAUUUUAUAAAAAAACAGUUUUUAUAAUACCACGUUUUUAUUAUUUCUUCCAAUAUUCCUAAAUAUAGGAAUAUUGGAAGAAAUCACGAUCCUCGGUAAUGGGGUAACGACAAGAGAAAGAGUUACUAUUAUUUAUAGGACACAAUAUAAAAGAAUAUUAUAAAAACAAUUAUUCUUCAAAUCAAAAUAAUUUUAAAAACAAAAAGGAUUUCCGAUGCCGGGAAUCGAACUCGAGCCUCCGGAGUGAAAGUCAGGUAUCCUAUCCACUAGACUAGACCAUACAUGGAUGUGACGCAUGGGAAUAAAUAUUUGACAUAUAAGGUCUAGGGUUUUUUCCAUCUACAUACUUUCAUAAUUAUUAUUCUUUCUUGCCUAACCGAGUCGCGCCGGCCGACAUACGUUUUCUUUGUCAAACGAGUACUAACUACCAAAAUAAAUUCAUAAAAUCCGUGCUAAAAUCACCGUAUUUUUUUUUAAUUUUCUAUUGUAUUU